CCAGGGCUGAUGUCAUGGCGCGAAGCCCGGCGGUGCUGCCUUCCCAGGCCCCAGGACGGCCCGGCCUUCAGGGGCGGGGGCAGGAGUCGCCGACUCUGGGGGUGCCCCGCGCUUGUGCUGCGGUCCCACUGUGCACCCUGUUGCCGCCACCGCGGAAAACGUCUUGCACGUGCGAGGGACAUUUCAGGGGUUUCCUGUUGGUCAGGCUGGAGUGAAGUGGCAUGCUCUCAGCUCACUACAACCUCUGUCUCCCGGGUUCAAGCAAUUCUCCUGCCUCAGCCUCCCAGGGACCUGGGAUUUCUGGAUUCACCCGGUAUCCAGGCUCUCCCAGAGCGGCGCUUUGGCUGGCCACGGCCUGGAGCAGAGUUUGUGCAGCGCUCCCACGGCCGCCUGCCCAGGCCUUCCCCCGACACAUGCUCAGUGGAAUUCUCCCGUGGCAGCCCAGAGUCUCCGGAACGAAGGUCUCCGCGGCCAAAGCCACGCAAGAGGCUCCCCUGCUCUCAGUUCCAGACGCACCCUCAUCCUUGGCGUCUCCUAGCCCCAGUUCUCUUUGACUCCUCCGGACUGCGGCUGAACCAGCGGUACCCGGACGACAUGUGGGGGAGGGAGGAAGCCCGGCCUGGAAGUGGCGGUGGCGGGUCCCCGGGCAAAGGAAGGGCUCAAUUGUGCAAAGGCUUCCUGCCCUGCCAGCUCGCGGGUCCGCCACCGAGCAGCCGCCUUUCUGCGGCCAGCCUGGAGGCGGGGCGGGAAGGCGAAGGCAGCAAAGGGUUACGGGAAUAG